ACCUCGCUUUCAAUUCGCUACCUCAAUUCUGCUCAGCGAAAGGAAAUGAUAGACAACGGCAUCAUGGCGUCCACUGCAACGUUAGAAAAAGCUGAGCAUCUUCUUACGACUUCACACCAGAAAGCUAUCGAGAUGCUGGAAAUUAUUGUUCAAAGAAAUGCAGAGGUGGACAAUGAGGAGUCAUUGAAAGAACAAGAAGCAGCCAUUUUGAAACUUGGAUCACUGUACUCAAAACAUGGAAAAGCUGAUGAGCUUAGUAACCUUGUCAAAGUCACAAGACCUUUUUUAAAAUGCAUAUCAAAGGCAAAAGCUGCAAAACUGGUCAGAGACUUAGUAGACCUGUUCUUAGAAAUUGAUGUGGAGUCAAAUAAUGCUGCUGUCCAACUUUGCCUUGAAUGUAUUCAGUGGGCAAAAGAAGAAAAAAGGUCUUUUUUAAGACAAGCUCUAGAGUCUCGACUCAUAGCACUAUACUAUGAUACCCAUGCUUAUACAGAGGCAUUAAAUCUUUGCGCUGUACUGUUGAAAGAGCUGAAGAAACUUGACGACAAAGCCCUGCUGGUUGAGGUUCAGCUCAAUGAAAGCAAAACAUACCAUGCUCUAAACAAUGUACCAAGGUCUAGGGCUGCUCUUACGUCGGCAAGGACCACUGCAAAUGCAAUCUACUGUCCUCCAAAGCUUCAGGCUUCACUGGAUCUCCAGUCAGGUAUUCUUCAUGCCGAAGAAAACGAUUUUAAAACUGCCUACUCUUAUUUUUACGAGGCAUUCGAGGGCUAUGAUUCUAUUGACAACCCAAAGGCGAUCAUUGCUUUGAAAUACAUGUUGCUCAGCAAGAUUAUGUUGAAUAGCCCCGAGGAUGUCCAGUCGAUUGUUAGUGGUAAGCUUGCAUUGCGGUACGCCGGCAAGCAGAUUGAUGCAAUGAAAAGUGUUGCUACAGCUAGUCAGCACCGAUCACUUUUGGAAUGUCAAGAGACUUUGAAUAAGUACAAAACAGAGUUGUCAUCCGAUCCUGUCAUACUGAGACACUUUGGAAAACUCUACGAUAAUCUCUUGGAGCAAAAUCUGUGCAGAAUAAUCGAACCUUUUUCCCAAGUAGAGGUGGAUCAUAUAGCAAAGAUUAUCAAGUUGCCAUUAAAUGUUGUCGAAAAGAAACUCUCACAGAUGAUUCUUGAUAAGAAACUUAAUGGCAUUCUCGAUCAAGGCUCUGGUGUUCUUAUCAUAUUCGAUGAUACUCCUGUUGACAAGACAUAUGAGAACUCACUAGAAAUUAUUCAAAACAUGGGAAAAGUUGUAGAUGCUCUAUACAAUAAAGCAAAGAAGCUUUCAUAAACUUGAUCACAAAGGGACAUUAAUGCGAUGUUUGUCAUUAUUUCUGUAUCUCGUUGAUUUGUUUGUCUGCCAGGUUAACUUACAUGUAAACGUUA